AUGACAACAAGAAGCAGCAAGGGUCGUCAAAGGGUUGACAUGGUGAUAAUGAAGAAUGCGAGAAACUUAGGAGUUACCUUUUCUAAUCGACGUGCUGGUCUGUUCAAAAAGACUAGUGAACUUUGUACGCUAUGUGUUGCUGAAAUUGCCAUUGUGGUAGUUUCCCAGGACGGUAAAGUUUUCUCCUUUGGUCACACUAACGUGGACACGUUGGUGGAGAGGUUCCUUGGGAGGAACCUCCCUCCACCAAAUAAUGAUGUCUACAGUCAACAAAUCGUGGCUCGUAGAGAAGCUGGUAUUCAUGAGCUCAAUACCAAGCUCAUGAACCUCGAGGGGGUUCUCUAG